AUGCCUCGAGAACAUCGUUCUAUGCGUAGCCUUACUAUAUCGCCGAAGCGCACAUCCUCUCCUGGUCCUCCCUCACCCACGUUUUCAGACGCGACACACGCUUCUGCAAUGAAUUUUGGAGUAGACGGUCCUGAGAAGAUCAUUACUCGGGCCAACCUCAAAGUUAGCUUGCAGUCUUAUGACGAUCUCAUGAAUGCAAGCGCAAAUUAUCGUGCUGCUUUACUCCAUAUGUCGAAAGUGACUUUUGCAUUUGCAGAUGCUUUGGAGAAAUGUUCAGGUUUGAAGGGACCUACGUACGAAACAGGCACAAGACUACAGGCCGCCUCAGGACUUCAUCAUCUCAUCGGUAACCAUUGGCAUGUCCUUGCGGAGACACUUGACAAGAGCUUCGAGAAACCAUUGCGGCAACAUUUGGACACAUACCGAACGAUCGUAAACGAGCGCUCCGCAUCGUAUGAGAAGGCUCUUCGCGAAAAGAGUGAAAUAAUUCGCCAAACAGAAUUGAGUAACAUGAAUAAAAAGCAGAGAAACCUGCAAAGCUUCCGUGAAGCCCUUGCGGUGCUUCAGCGCCAAGUGGAUGACCUGGAUGGCCUCAAGGCACAACAUUACCAAGAAAUAAUGGAGCACGAGGAAGAAGUCUGGGACGUGGUACAAGGCAAGGUCUGCGUAGCCGUUCGCUCGACUAUGGAUGUGUUUGACAGGUUCACAAAUAAGGCAUCGGAUUCUAUCUUGGAAGCGAUGCUCCAGUCCGUUCCAGACCCUUUUGACUCGUAUGGACCUCCACAGGCGGAGGACCAGAUCUUCACCAUUCUUCCUCCGCUGGCCGUAAUGGCUAAUGCACCCUCGCCCUCGCCGAGCCCAUUAGCUAUGACACCACCACCCCCAAAUCCUGACGUACCCCCAGCGAUCAUUAAUAAUUCUUGGGCUCCAAAUGGGGGCUUCUUUGCCACAACUUCAGAAUGGGCUGAUUCUGUCUCUCCUUCCUCAACUCCGACUCGGUCGGCAUCACCCUCCACCCAACUCAAGCGUCGUCAGUCGCAUCCGCCGAGCACUACACAACACGCACGGAAGGCGGAGUCUAAGCUUCGGAGUGUUCUUUCAGUAAUUGACGAGACACACGUUCGUCAUUCGAGUGACCCUAUCGAUGCACCUCCCUCAGAAUCCCAGACUUCACCGCCGGAUAUACAUGGAGGGACUCUCGAACCUGAUACGAGUUGGGAGUCAUUUACCUAUGGCGCAUUACCAUAUACUUCCAUCACGGAUGAUGCCACUCCAGUUCAGUCCACGUUAGUCGAUUCGACGAUAAAACAUUCUACUCAGAGUGACGUUGGGGAAUCUGACCUCAGUCACAUUUCCCACCCACAGUCAGAUGAAACACCACAAUUCACACAUGUUUAG